UAUAAACAAAAAAGAAAAUUUAACUGAAUUUAAUUUAAAUUAAAUUAAAAUAUACAAAAAUGGCCAAAUACUUCGCUACAUUCAUACUCCUAGCUAUAUUGGCUCUUGAGAACCACAGUGUAUACAGAGGCAUAUAUGUCAGUUCAUUACCCAGUGUCGAAGUGGACUACAUGCGUGCACAAGACCAACAACAGAUGCACACAAAUCAUCACAAACACAAACCUUCACAUAAAACGAAUGUACAUCAUCAUCAGUCACAACUACAGCAACAACAACAAAGUCACCACGCACAUCAUCACAAUGAGCACAGUAGACCGCCGGCAGAAUCGCAUAGGAAUUUGGAACGAGAGAGUAUAACGAAUGACGAAAACGACAUGACAGUCCAAGCGAUACGUCUCUAUUUGCAUCAACAACGUCACAAGGCGCAACAGUUGCAACACUACAAGGAGCACGAGCAACUGCUAGCAACUGAACAUGAAAAAAGCGUACAUGAAUCACAUAGACCAAAAACAGAACCAGAAGUACCGUAUAAUAGCGAACUAAUGGAUCAAAGUGAUGAAAUGAUUAUUGAACAAUAUUUGGCGGCUGCUAGUAAAUCUGCAGCCCUGGAACGUGAUGAAAGUAACUUAUAUCGCAUGAUGGAUGAAACUAUCAAACCACUAAAUGCUAAUUCAUAUGAGGAUUCUGCGAAUUCUGAAGAAGAUCGCAUGUAUAGUGAUGGCGACGCACUUGCUGCAGUUCUUCGUUCUUCGUUAUUAUUAGAUAAUAAUAAAUUAGAUUCCGCAGAAAUGGAUAAUGUUGAUACACCUAUAAAUAUUGACAAUUCGAUAGUUAUACCUAGUUUUCCGGAUGUUGAAAGUAAAAGCAUCGAGUCUGUUGAGAAUAUAGCGACUGCUACUCAAAGCAAUCUAAAUACUAAAGAUGAUGAAAAAAAUGAAACUAAUCAACCUACAAAAGUGCCUAUGCAAUGCCCAAAAUGUGAAAGUAAUCGUCAGGUAGAACUAAUCACGCAAGAAGAACUAACACGUUUACGAAUCGAAUCUGUAAAGGAGCAAAUACUUGAUAAAUUACGGUUAAAGGAAAGACCAAAUGUUUCAGCAAUUGGUUUACCAAAACCCAUGUAUGAAGAAACAACUAUUGAACACGAAAAUGAAGAAACGAAGAACAAAGAUUUGGAUGAUUAUUAUGCCAGAACCAGCAAGAAAUUCAUAUUCCUUAAAAGAGAAAAACGUGAGUGUCAACGUAUUGGUGGACCCGCCACUAUGUGCUUUUCCUUCAAAAUCGAUGACGCUGAUGCUGAUGCUUUGGACGUGAAUACCGCGGUUCUGUGGAUAUUCAAAAAUAAACAGAAAGAACGAAAUGCCACUUUACUAAAUCAGCAAACAAUAGUUGUUUCAGAAGUGCAACAACAAUUGGACUCGAAAUACUUACCAAUUGUGAAGACUGUAGCGAUUAAAUCGGUGAACAUUCAAGAUGAAUGGCUUAAAAUUAAUAUUGAUUGGCCAAUUAAACGUUGGUUUGGUAAUCAUGAGUUAAGCCAUCUUAUACAAGUCUCUUGUCAGUCCUGUGAUAUUCGAUUCAUGGAGGAAAUGAUAUCAAUUGAUAAAGGUUAUCGACCAUUUAUAAUGAUAGACACGCAAAAUCGUCGACGACCCUCACGACAAAAACGUGGUAUCAACUGUACGGAUGGUGUUACGGAAUGUUGCCGAGAACGUUUAUAUAUAUCGUUUGAUGAGAUCGGUUGGGGAGAUUGGAUAAUACAACCACGUGGUUAUGAUGCGUAUUUCUGUCGCGGAUCCUGCAGCUCUGUUGCGAGCGUUGCACAAGCCUCUUCACAUCAUAGCACAUUUAUACAGAAAGUGCUAUCAAAGAGACGUAGUCAAGGUCAAAAGCCGUUAGAACUAAUACCGUGUUGUACAGCGAAACAGUACUCAUCACUGCAGCUGGUGUUUAUGGAUAGUAAUAAUACCGCCACCAUGAAAACAUUUCCGAAUAUGGUAAUCGAAUCUUGCGGCUGCAGAUAGCUUUUGGAUUUUCCAACACGUUUACAUUAUAACAAAUGCAUAUACACACUCUCGCGCAGACUUACGCGUAACGCAGACUUAGAUCACUGCACUUUAAACACUUGGAAUACACAAAAUACUGUGUGAAAUGUGGCUUGGGUAAAAAGUUCAUGUCAUUUUUGAACUGCUUCAAUUGCGUGGAUUCUAAAAAGGACAUUUAGUGUUUGACGUUUACGUAUUCGUGUUUUUUUGAGCCAUUAUGCUGCCAUUUUUAAUUCUAACAUUUAAUCUAAUUUAUUAAAAACUUUUAUUUUAAUUUAUUAUAAUUAGUUUUAAUUAUAUUUUUUUUUUAUUUUGUUUUUAUUCUUUUGUAUCCCUUAUAAGUACUUAAGUUCAAUUUAGGGCUAUUUUUACUUGCUCAAUUUAAAUGUCUAUAAUUUUUUCUAAAAAAUUAUCAAUACUGCAGU